GGAAUGCUAUCUUUUUGUUUGCUUCGUUUUUUAAUCACCUUGUUGUGUAGCUCUACUCAGAGAAAGUCCAGUUGAUGUAUUGAUAAGCAGCUAGUUUUGACUCGUUCUGCUUUUUUAUACUCCCAGUUCUCUCCCACACCAACCAGUAGUGGAGAACUCUGAAAGCUCUGAGCACUGGCACGACUUUGUGAGUGCUUGUCAAGGAAUUAAUUCCAAAACUCCACCCCUGAUUCUGCAUUUCAAAGUUCUUUUGACAAAACCAAUACUCAGCAUUAGCAAGCAAAAUACCGUGAGAUUAACAUUAAGUGUAUUAUGAAACAUAAUGUAAUGAAAGUGUAAUAUCUACUAAACUUUAUUUGUAAGUGAUUAGCAAGUACUGUAUAUUAAUUUUUAGGGCUGGUCUUUCUACUUUCUGGGAAUUCAUACCAAUUAUUUCUUUUUAUGUGACAUUCUUAAAUAUGCCUGGAAAAGGAUGUUAUAAGUGAAAUACAGGGAUUUAAUUUAAUAUGCUACAGUUCUUCCUGGUAUCUGAUAUUUCUGUUGAUUCUGUUGAAUGGGGUGAUAUGAACUGUUUAGAGAUCACCAGGUGCAGAAAUACCACCUACUCAAUUGAAAUGGGAAAGACUUGGGAAGGAAGAGCUAUUGGUGACUGACACAUGCUUGCUUAAGUAGACUUGUUUGAGAGUUUCCACUGAAAAUGGAAGAAGGCUGCAGCUUUACUCUACAGAUAUGUUCAUCUGUACCUUCCUCUCAUUUGUAAUGCCUCUGCAUGCAGUAUUUUCACAAAACUGUUAAAUGUGGUUUGUUGCUGCCUUUGACAUUUUUACAUGGGCAAUUACCUAUACAAUGUGAACUUUCUGAGCAAAAUUUCUCACGGAAUUCUCUUUUUUUUUCCUUCAGGGACAUCCCAGUAAUUUACACCAUAUAAUGGCAGCAAAUGUUCAGAUGUCUAUCAUCCGAAGUAGUGCUCCUGGUCCCCCUUUACACAUUGGAGCUUCUCACUUACCCCGAGGUGCAGCAGCAGCUGCUGUGAUGUCCAGCUCUAAAGUAACCACAGUUUUGAGGCCAGCUUCACAGUUGCCAAAUGCAGCUACAGCUCAGCCAGCUGUUCAGCACAUCAUUCAUCAACCAAUCCAGUCUCGUCCUCCUGUGACAACUUCAAGCACUAUCCCUCCCGCUGUAAUAGCAACAGUCUCAGCCACAAGAGCUCAGUCGCCAGUUAUUACUACAACAGCUGCACAUGCUACAGAAUCAACCCUUAGUCGGCCCACUCUCUCUAUCCAGCAGCACCCACCUUCUGCAGCUAUUAGUAUUCAGCGCCCUGCACAACCACGGGACACGGCAACUCGGAUCACGCUGCCAUCUCACCCAGCUAUAGGCACACCAAAACAGCAGCUCCACACCAUGGCUCAGAAAACCAUUUUCAGUACUGGUACUCCAGUGGCAGCAGCAACAGUGGCACCUAUUUUGGCAACCAAUACUAUUGCCUCAGCAACCACAGCUGGUUCUGUCUCUCAUACCCAAGCUCCUACAAGUACAAUUGUUACCAUGACAAUGCCUUCCCACUCUUCCCAUGCCACUGCUGUGACCACCUCAAACAUCCCAGUUGCUAAGGUGGUUCCUCAGCAAAUCACGCACACUUCUCCUCGGAUCCAGUCUGAUUAUACAGCAGAAAGGAGUAAUCUCAUUCCCAUAUCUGGACAUCGAGCAUCUCCAAACCCAGUUGCAAUGGAAACAAGAAGUGACAACAGGCAGUCAGUGCCAGUCCAAUUCCAGUACUUCUUACCGACUUAUCCGCCUUCUGCCUACCCUCUGGCUGCGCACACUUACACCCCCAUCACCAGCUCUGUGUCCACCAUCCGCCAGUACCCUGUUUCAGCUCAAGCCCCCAAUUCUGCCAUCACAGCUCAAACUGGUGUAGGAGUAGCCUCUACUGUGCACCUCAAUCCCAUGCAGCUUAUGACUGUAGAUGCAUCUCAUGCCCGUCACAUCCAGGGGAUCCAGCCAGCACCUAUCAGUGCACAGGGAAUCCAACCAGCACCUAUCAAUGCACAGGGGAUCCAGCCUGCACCAAUUGGAACACAAGGACUCCACCCAACUGCACCAAUUGGUACACAAGGACUUCAGCCUGCACCAAUCAGUGCUCAGCAGCCACAAACAGAAACAAAAACUUCAGCAGUGGUCUUGGCAGAUGGAGCCACCAUUGUGGCCAAUCCUAUUAGUAAUACGUUCAAUGCAGCUCCAGCAGCGACCACAGUGGUACAAACUCACAGCCAGAGUGCCAGCGCCAGUGUACCAGCCCAGGGCUCAUCCCCACGUCCAAGCAUCCUCCGAAAGAAACCAACUACAGAUGGACUGGCAGUCCGGAAAAGUCUGAUUCCCCCUCAGCCUUCUGAGGUAGCUAGUACUCGCGUGGAGAGCUCUAUGCGGAGCACAUCUGGAUCACCCAGGCCUGCUGGUGCCAAGCCUAAACCAGAAAUCCAUGUCUCGAUGGCUACUCCAGUCACUGUGUCUAUGGAGGCAGUGUCCAAUCAAAGCAGUGAGCAGCCCACCAUUGCAGUCCCACCUACCUCUCAGCAGCCUCCAUCUGCCAUUCCAACAAUUAUUGCAGCAGCUAGUCCACCUUCUCAGCCCACAGCACCUCUGUCAACCAUUCCAGGAGCAGUUCCAGCUGUGCCAGCCACUUCUACCACAAUUGUACCUGCUCCUCCACCUCCAUCAACCAUGAGUGGAGCUCUUGCCACGGUAUUGGGACCCCCACCACCAGAGAUAAAAAUCAAAGAGGAAGCAGAACCUAUGGACAUAAUGCGACCAGUCUCGGUUCCUCCAUUGACUACAAAUACCAUGUCUCCAUCUCUCGCAUUGCUGGCCAACAACCUUUCAAUGCCCCCAAAUGACUUGCCACCUGGUGCCUCCCCAAGGAAAAAGCCCCGGAAGCAGCAACAUGUAAUAUCCACAGAGGAAGGAGAUAUGAUGGAGACUAACAGCACUGAUGAUGAGAAAUCCACUGCCAAAAGUCUCCUCGUGAAAGCAGAGAAGCGCAAGUCUCCUCCAAAAGAAUAUAUAGAUGAAGAAGGUGUGAGGUAUGUCCCUGUGCGUCCAAGACCCCCUAUCACAUUGCUUCGUCACUAUCGCAACCCCUGGAAAGCUGCGUAUCACCACUUUCAGAGAUACAGUGAUGUCAGAGUGAAAGAAGAGAAGAAGGCUAUGCUGCAGGAGAUUGCCAAUCAGAAAGGAGUAUCCUGCCGUGCACAGGGUUGGAAAGUCCAUCUCUGUGCAGCACAGUUACUGCAGUUGACUAACCUGGAGCAUGACGUGUAUGAGCGCUUAACCUCCCUGCAGGAAGGGAUAAUCCCCAAGAAAAAGGCAGCAACUGAUGACGACUUACAUCGAAUAAAUGAACUGAUACAGGGGAACAUGCAGAGGUGUAAACUUGUAAUGGAUCAGAUCAGUGAGGCCCGAGACUCUAUGUUGAAAGUCUUGGAUCACAAGGAGCGUGUUCUGAAGCUCUUAAACAAGAACGGAACUGUCAAGAAAGUGUCCAAAUUAAAGCGAAAGGAGAAGGUCUAGAGCCAGAAGAAUAAAGACUCUGGAAAUGGCGAACAUGUAUAGAAUGGAGUUGUUCCAUUUUUUUUAUUUUGGGUUUACUUUUAAGUAGAGCAUCUGAUUAAAAAGAUGAGUUCUAGAGAACCCAGAUGGGUGUGUGGAGCCCAGUGACCUGGAAUGAUUGGCAUGGCUCUGUCAUAAUGGACACAUUUUUGUUGCUCAUGCUCAUCUGUUUUAAACUCUUUGCAGUCAUCACAUUUGUUUAACCCUUCUGAUGUGUCAGUGCCUACAAACUGGUACCUAUGAUGCAGAGUGUGAUGAACAGCCCCCUUUUCCAUUUAGCGGUAACUUACAGGUUUGUUCAUGGAUUCCUGCAGGAGACCUCAAGAAUCUAAUCUGAAAGUAUUGGCUCAGACUGCCAUGAACUUUUCAAAUUAUUGAAAAUGACACCACUUCCAGUCACCCUCCCAUUCAGUUCUUCUGACUUUCCAGUGUCUGAAGUAGCCUUCUUAAACCAGUGCCAUUGAACUAAAUCUGUCACAUUUAGAAGCUCCCGGUUCUGAAGUCCUAGCUGUCAAUUUUUUUAAGAACCAUUUCAAAGUGAUUUUGUAGUAUCUGUUGUGUGUGUCCAUGUUGGUGCUCUUGGAUAUUUGUUUUGAAGUACUUCUCUUCCAACACAGUACUUCUUGUAGCUGGUGUGAUGCUGUUAAUUGUAUUUACCACAUACAUCCUGAAAACCUUAAUAAAAGACUUGGAGACUUUUGUACCUAA